AUGGACGACAUUAGCGAUACGGCAUCCGAUGACCAGAAGGACACGGAGUAUGUGAGUAACAGUGGGACCAUCAAGUUCAAAGGAAAUGAGGAUGAAUGGCGUACCUGGAAAGGGAAGACGAUUGCGACGGCAAUGCAACAUCGCUUCUACCAAGCGUUAUUCAUGCAGGAAAGCCUUGCAACCAUGGAAGAGGUCAAUGCAGGGACUGCAAGCAAGUCGACGCGGAAAGCAUUCUUGAGAAACGUACAGGCGUACGCUCAUUUGGCACUGUGCUGCGAAAAGACCGCAUAUUCGUACGUCGAAAAUGCGGUGACAGAACGAGCGCCGAUGGGAGAUGCCUACGAAGCGUGGAAGAAACUGUGUGAAAGUAUAAAUGAAAAUGUGGAAGAGUGGUUUCUGGAGCUGGAGUACUGGAAUACCCGUAUGGGUAAGAUCAAGCAGUCCUACAUGCGCGAUGACCUUCAGAUGAAGGCACAUAUAAUUGACCAACUCCCCGAGGCCUAUGAGGCAGUGAAAGUCAAGUUGAGUGGAGCAUACACGACCACCCCAAUGGAGACGUUUAAGAGGAUCAUUUUAGACUUCUGGAAGAGGCACAAUGUGUUAAGCCCGACGGAAACAAGCAGUCAGUGGAAGUUUGCCGAGGAAGAACGCUUGAUGCAGGACAAGUAUAAUACCAAAGAAGAAGAAGAAGCCAAAAUGUCUGAGGAGCCGGAGCCGCACAAAGACAAGGGAUUUAACGAAAUGACCGGAAAUCCGGACCCGCGAGAAGAUAUUCUGCAGGAAUAUCACGAUGUGCCCAUCAGCAAAAACAGAAACGGAUGGAACGCGAUGGAAAAGCCGAGUAUCCAGGACCGAAAGGGUUUAGGAGGGCUUAUCAAAAGGAACAGCGUACCCACCAGAGUUGGUAACCGCAAGAGUUUCAAAUGGAAACAAGCAAUUUUUGACAUCAUGGUAAACCUGGGAAUUGCUUUGGGCUUUAUCUAUUGGCAUGCAAUGAAGGAUUUAGACAAAUUCAGAAAGUUACUUGGAGUACACUGCAUGGCUGUAAACAACGAGAUUGGGCAAUACAUUGGAGUCAAAACAACAGAGUAUGAGAAAGAAUUCAUCCGGGACCACGAACUAGAGAUCUGGGAGGAAGCCAAGAUUUUUAGCAUUCCUGGAUACCACGAAGAAUUUCACAAGGGAAAUGAAGGACAAUCAGUAUCGAAGAAACAGUCCAGUUUACUUAUUGGAAAAAUUGUAUUUUUGGUAAGCAAAUGGAUCACGGACUGCAUGACUGCACUCCGCGAGCUCUCCACGUUGCUGGACACAGUAAAGUGGAAAAUGAAAUCAUCGAACAGGGAGGAUGUCAAGUUUGGCAGUCAAGUGGGACAUGUCCGGCAGAAUGCGACAUGUCACACAAAGAGAUUUGAAAAAGAGCGAGCUCUCAUCUCGAGCUAA